AUGAAGCUGUCCGCUGUCACCCUUCUCACUCUUGCCACCGGCAUCAUUGCCGCUCCCGUCGCUGAGGCCAGCAAGGAGGUCCGUUCCUACGGCAGCUACGAGCCUCCCAAGUCCACCUACGAGCAGCCCAAGGCUCCCAAGGAGGACAAGCCUAAGAAGCCUGAGUACAACCAGCCCAAGGCCCCCAAGCCUCACCACGAGAAGCCCAAGAAGCCUCACCACGACAAGCCUAAGCACUACGCUCCUCCUCACCACGAGAAGCCCAAGGCUCCUAAGCCCCACCACGAGAAGCCCAAGAAGCCCGAGACUCCCAAGAAGCCUUCUUACGAGGCUCCCAAGGCUCCCAAGCCCCACCAUGAGAAGCCCAAGGCACCUAAGCCUCAUCACGAGAAGCCCAAGAAGCCUUCUUAUGAGGCUCCCAAGGCUCCCAAGCCUCAUCACGAGAAGCCUAAGAAGCCCGAGACUCCUAAGAAGCCUUCCUAUGAGGCUCCCAAGGCUCCCAAACCCCACCACGAGAAGCCCAAGGUUCCCAAGCCUCACCACGAGACUCCCAAGAAGCCCGAGUACAACCAGCCUAAGGCUCCUAAGCCUCAUCACGAGAAGCCCAAGAAGCCCGAGACUCCCAAGACUCCCUCUUAUGAGCAACCCAAGGCUCCCAAGCCCCACCACGAGAAGCCCAAGAAGCCUGAGACUCCCAAGAAGCCUGAGUACAACCACCCUAAGGCCCCUAAGCCUCACCAUGAGACUCCCAAGCCCAAGCAGGAGCAGCCCAAGAAGCCUUCCUACGAGGCUCCCAAGCAGCCUGCUUACGAGGCCCCCAGCUACUAG